CUAAUUGGGAGAACAGGCGCGGAAAACGAAGGUAACGAGAGACCGGUCUCCGAAAGAGAUCUAGUAUUAGAUCAGAUCGUUGCGCAGUGCACGAGAGAAGCGACACGUCGUACGUCGUGUUGCCAGCAAAACGGCGCACGCAAAAGAACAGAGAAAAGGAAGGAAUGAACGAACGAACGAACGAACUCGAGCAGCGACUUGUCGAUACCUGUUCCUAUGCGUAGGCGCACCGUUCAUCCAUGUGCCUACUACAAGCGAUCACAGGAAAAAGAAAACCAGAGAAAGUCCACUUAGAUUUGUAUAAAGAUGAUAGAAAGAGAUCUCUUAAAAGAAUCAUACAAAUUUUAGAUAGAAUCUAAAAGAUCAUCAUAAAAAUAAUGAAAAAUUCAUUUUUACAUACAAAGAUCAUAUAAGAUGAAUGUAAAAAAAUCGAUAAAUUGAAAUUUGCAAAAAAGAAGGAAACUCAGUACUAAUAGAGGCUAAAGGCUAUGAGGGAAAACAAAAAGAAAAAAUAGGAAGAGAAGGAAGAAUGAAAACGCAAGUUGAAGUAAAAGGGUGCAUUCGAAGUGGUCGAUUCUUUUGUUGAAUGCAAGUAUCGCAUAGAGAUAUAGAAAAGAAAAAGAGGACACUAUCUGCGAAGGAGGAAGCAAGAUGAAGAAAGAAUGACCAGUCCAGUCGGGGAUCAACCAGAACGGAGACACCAUGUACGUUGGAUAACAUCAAGGAGGAAGGAGAGGGGAAAUUAUGGAAAGAGUAGUGGUAGGACAGAGAUGGAAUACAUUGAGAGAGAUAAAAAAAAGAGAGAGAGAGAGAGAGAGAGAGAGAAAGAAAAAGGAAAGAGAGAGAGAGAUAGGAGAAAGAAAGAGAGAAGAGAGGAGUGAGAAGAAAAGAAGGAGGAAGAAGACAGCUGGUGUCUUCGACGGUGUUGGUGAUAUCACUAUGAGACCACAAUGACGUUGGUAGUGGUGGGCAGCCGAUGGUAAUGGUGGUGGUAAACCAGCAUAUCCAACAACACUUGCUGCACGCACGAUGCUUGGUGAGGGGGGAGAGAAAGAGAGACAGAGAGAUUGCCCCCUCCUGCCGCGGGCGGCGCCACUCGAGGAGAUCCUUUCCUCUUUUCGCCUCUAGGCCAUUCUCGAGAGGCGCGCGCGCCAACGCGGUGUCGCCCGAUCGCUUCUCGCCGACCUUCGACCAAUACGCGCGCGUUUCGUUCUACUCGCUACGUGCGUGUGCCAACGCAGAAUUUUCCCGAUAGACUUUUCCGAAACUCGUCCACCUUUCCCCUCCUCUCCUCUUCCCUUUCCUCCACCACUUUCUUCUUCUUUUUCUUUUUCUUUUUUGUCGUGACACCCACCUGUGCAUUCAUCCUACUCGAACUCUGAUUCCUUCAAAACACCCCUGGGCAAAAUCUCCUUCCUCUUCUCUCUUCCCCUUCUCCUUCUCUCUUUCUCCACCAUCGCGUGACAGCCGGAAUGCGACCACGUGAUUACUCCUUCGCGUACGUCAACGUCCGUUUGAGUCGAACGAUUUUCGUAUUGAUUUUCUCUUCUUAAAGUGAUUCUCAUCCACGUUUGUCGUCGUCGACUUUGUUAUUAUUGUUCUUGCUACUGCUGCUGUUGCUACUAUUGCUGCUGUUCUUACCGUUCCUCUUCAACUUCAUUUUUCCUCUUGUUCGCACCAGUGCAAUACAUCUAAGCAAUUACAUAACGAUCGACACGCCGGAGGCACUCCAACAAACUUCAUAACGAUCCACGUGAAUCGUUUACCUUGAACUUCGAACGGACUAAACGUCGAAAGAAGAAUCGAACGAAGUUUUUAUUCCUAACAAAGCAUGUCGACGAAGAACUUAAUUUUUGGUGAAUUUCGCAUAAACGUCGCAAAAAUCAACGGCGCUAGGCUCGAAAAAAGAAACCGGAAAACAUAAUCGACGAAAUAAUGACAAAGUCUCCGCGAGGUGGAAACAGUGCUCAUAGAAACGUAGGUUCAUUGGUAACGCUUCGAUUCUUAAGUGAAAUCGGACCGUGAAGAGAACGACUUGAGUGUCCAUCGUCGACUGAAACAUAACUCAAGUAACUAUAUUGUAAUAGACGAGCGAAGCUACGAGGCAAAAAUGUGUAAGUACGAGGUUGACAAUGGCACGAAUGAUUCGAAAGAAAGCGAAAGUAAGUUGAACGUCGUUGCCCGGUGAGUUCGAUGCCUGGAGGAAAGAUUUGUACAAGAAGAAAAAGAGAAAGAAAGAGAAAAAAAAGAUCUAGAUUCGCAAUCGCGUAUUCACGCUUGCCGUCGGAGAGUUUAAUGCCUGCAAAUGCGAAUGAAAUGUCGUCGGCUUCGGUGAUGGAGUGAAUAAGUACCUGCUACUAUGAUUUUCACAAUGUCGGAAUAAAACAUUCUUUUUCUACGAUAAAAGAAUAAGAACUCCUUUUCACUGGCAGAAAGGAAGGAAACGGUUGCCUCAUCAUGUCCAUUCUCGAAGGCAACGAAGCCGACAAGACGACAAUGUCACCGCUCGACGAAGUCGUGUCUCCAACGAGCGUCGAAUCGAAACUGAUGGUGACCAACAUGUUGGAAGAGCACGAAGCGAGCACGCUGGUUGAGCAGAGGGAUGGCAAGCGUAAAAGAGACACGGAUGGCGAAGAACUUACGCCGAGAAAGCUACCUUCUUUAACAAGGAACAACAACGACGUGGCUUUCGUCCUCGAGGAUAGCGCCGACGAUGAACUGCAAGACGAACGUGACGAUGACCGAUUGACUGGUCAUGGAGGCAUUUCCUCGCUGGGCGGCGGAAACUCGUCGCCUUACUCGGGUGCUCAUCAUCACGGUCAUCGAGGGAAUGGAAAUGGUGGCGGAAUGCCACAUCACGGUGGUGCAUCUUUGCCAACAGCGUCGGAUUUUCAACCCCCGUACUUUCCACCGCCAUUCCCAUCGCAUCAUCAUGCACCCGCCAGCCCACAACAUCCGGGUCUUGGGCAGCCUCAACACCUGGAUUACCUCGUCGGUGAUCCCUACACGCAGACACUGAACACGCUUCAUCAGCAUCACUAUAAUCACCUGAGCGCGGCUGUUACGGCAGGCCAGAGGAGUGGUGAUCUCAGAAGAGACACCGAAGGCAUCCAUGUGACGAACAUGCACGCAUCCUUUCCUUACGAUGGCGGACGCAGUGGCGGUAGUGGCGGAGGAGGUGGCGGCGGCGGUGGUGGUGGAGGUGGCGGAGGCGGUGGUGGAGGUGGCGGAAGGGCUGUCGAAUAUGGUGCUGUACGUCGUCCCGAUGCCCUCCUACCGCCCCCGGGCCUCGAUCAAACCGACCUCGUUCUACACACCAGCCUUGUUGACGACCCCCAGGUGAGCGACGAUAACACGAAUGUAGACGAUGGAAGUUUUAUGAACGACCUGCCACUUCUGAAAAACAUGAAGCCUUCGGAGAGAAGCGAAAAGGCCAUGCUGACAGGGAACGCGCAACCUUCAGACGUGUUCUGUUCAGUCCCAGGACGAUUAUCGUUACUCAGCAGCACCAGCAAGUACAAAGUUACGGUAGCCGAAGUACAGAGACGACUCUCGCCACCGGAAUGUCUAAAUGCCAGUCUCCUCGGUGGUGUUUUACGAAGAGCGAAAUCUAAAAAUGGGGGACGACUGUUAAGGGAAAAAUUAGAAAAGAUCGGUCUGAAUCUACCAGCCGGUAGAAGGAAGGCUGCCAACGUCACACUUUUAACAUCCUUGGUAGAAGGAGAAGCUAUUCACCUUGCCAGAGACUUUGGUUACGUUUGUGAAACCGAGUUCCCUGCGAAACAGGUCGCCGAAUACCUCAGUCGACAACAUUGCGAACCGCAAGAUUCCUAUAGGAGAAAAGAACUUCUUCAUGCCACCAAGCAAAUCACCAAAGAGCUGAUGGAUCUUCUUAAUCAGGAUAGGUCACCACUCUGUAACACGCGACCACAACACAUACUCGAUCCGAGCAUACAAAGACAUCUCACGCACUUCUCCCUCAUAUCGCACGGAUUUGGAAGUCCAGCGAUCGUUGCCGCUCUCACGGCAAUACAGAAGUUCCUAAGCGAAUCUCUAAAUCAUCUCGAGAAGAUGUAUCCGGGAAACGGUAGCGGUGUGACCAGCAGUCAACAAUCGAAUCUCGAUACGAAUAAGAGCAAGGACAGUUCGUUAAUGAACGAUAUGAAGAAGUGACGCCCGGAAGACCCGCCUACCUCGAACGUGGUCACGUCUAUAAGGCACUCCUGGCCGUACAAUUGAGCUUUCUCUCUCCCUCUCACACGCGAUAGAGAAGCUGACAGUGGACCAUUAGAUACACGUGCACACAUAUCUACACGAAUUUUUCACAUCGAAAUGAGGCGUGGGUGCACGUGUUCACUGAGGUUGGCUGGUCGGAGAAGUAUAGACACAAAUACAAGAAAAAAUACAAGAAAAAAAGAAAAAAUUGAAAAGGACGAGCAAAGGCUAAAGAUAGAAGAAGAAAGGAAAGGAAGAAAUGAUCGAGGACGAAAAGGAAGACACGAAAACAGUGUAAUUACGAUCGAAUAUCGUUUUUCGAAUCGACUUUUGCAAAUUUCAUCAACCGAUUCGUCGACGAACGUGGAAAGAAAUACGCGUAUAACAUACACAUAAUAUAUCCGCGCGCACGCGGUUUAAAUAUAUACAGGCAAUUAUAUUUCUUAGACCGUUAACAAAGCAGACAAAUGUUUUCUAAGAGAUUUGUUUGAUUCAAGGGGGAAAGUAUGAUAGCAGAUUUGAAUUUUUUGUAACAUAUUUAAUUAAUAUCAGAAAAAUUAAAUGAUAUACGAAGUAUUACAUUUUUAUAGAGAAACUCAAAUCUACUUUUUCAUGUUUUACCCUUCGAACCAGAUAACAUUCGUAUAAAAAAAUUUUGUUUCGCAUCUUUAACAGUAUAAGAAACUGGUAUUUAUAUUUAAAAACCAGAUAUAUAUAUAUAUAUAUGUAUUUGGGUUAUGUAUAUUACGCGGAGGUGACGCGUAAUUAACAUGUUUUUUCGUCCCUACCGAUUCGCAAGUUCCUUUCGCAAGUUAGCUCGAGAACUUCGAUCAUUCGUACGAUAGCCAUGUAGAAUGUAGAUCGAGAAGAAAAAAAGAUUAAAACAAUGUUCAUUUUUGAACAAGACUAUUAUCUAUUAUUUUAUUGACGCUGCUCGUACAGAGCAGGCUCUUUGUGAUAUUUAUCAGACAUCCAAAGUGCAAUCCAUACUACAUAUACUAAAUAUUAAUUGCGCGCCGGUCUCACGCGUUGAAUCCUAUUAAAAUAAAUGCGACUUGUAUAUUUACAUAUGUAACGUGACAUAGGAGACGGCUCGUCGUAAAAUAUUUUGAUGGCGAGGAUAGGAAGAAAAGAAAAGAAAUGAAAAAAAAAGAUAGAAACAAUCGUUCUUGUCUCGUUUAUACGACCAACCGUUUUCUUUCUCAUUGGUUUAGAAAAAAGUAGAAUCGUUCUUAUUGUUAGAGAAAAAGAGAAAACGAACAUAUUGAAGAAAAACGUAACUAUGUAUGUCUCUCUUCCUCUCUUCCUCUCUUUUUGUCGUCUCUCGAACUUGCGGAUCGAUAGAUGCGCGUUAGGCUUAACGCCGGAGUAAAUAGAAGAAUGCAGUUUUUUGCGACAACAAUCUCAUUCCUCUGUCUACGUGCAAUCCCUUAAAGAUCAAUCGUAUGUAUGUAUGUAUGCCCAAGCUUAUCGCAUUCCUCUUCAGCGAUCUUGUUUCUUUCUAUAUGUAGUAUCUAUGUAUGUACAAUUUUUUCGACCGAUAUAAAUCGUUAAUUACCGAACAAUCGAUCUAGUUAUAAUAAAAUAUAUAUAUUUCCUAAUGUCUUUUACAUUUGGACUAUUUCUUUUUUUAUAUAUUCUUAUUAAAGAUAAUUUUUUCUAACUUAAAAAAGAAUACAACCAAGAAGAUAACAAGGUCGUGAUGGAGGAAGCGAAGUUCAAAACCAAUGCGCGAUGCAAACACCUCUGAGAGCCGUCUGAGGCUAUGAGUAUUAAUUUAUAAUCGUUAUAUCGUUAUUCUUAUAUCUUCAUCACACGCCUGAACAAUUCGAGAAGAAGGAAACGUCACGUACCGCGUUCGUCGUGAUAAACGACAUGAAUUUCUUCUUUAAACAUAAAAAAAUGAAGGAAGGAAGAGGAAGGAAAGAAAAUAUGGAAGAGAAAAAAACAGGGAGAAAAAACGAUUAUCGUGCCAAUAUAUAGAGACAAAAGUUGCCAUUUGAAAUGUGCCAAUUAACGUCGAUUUAUAAACAUUAAGAAAAUCGAACGAAAACAAAAAAGAAAAAGAAAAGUAGAAAAAAGAAAUGUAGAGGAAACGAGAGUUAACGGAAUCGAUUUUUCUCUGUUUCCAUGUGUAUUAUAUAAUACGAUGAAAGAUCGAUAUUAUCAAAAAAUAGGAGAAUUUAAUGGGAAAGGAAGAAAGUGAAAAAGAAAAAGAAGAUAGAAAAGGGCAUUGUAUGAAGUACAACACCAGGUGAACCUGAGACAUAUCUAACUUUGUAAUUAAAUCUUUAGGCGUAUAAUUAUGUAAAUGUAAGAUUAUGCUCCAGCGCGAGUGCGUCGCACUUCACGGGCUAUGUACAGAGUAUUCGAAUCUUUCUUGUGAUAUAAUCGUACAUUAUUAAGAUAUCAAACCGAUUCAAAAGAAGACAAAAAUAACGAUUUACUCAACAUUCCAUGUUUUUUCAUAGAAACGGUGUUAGCAUGGUCGCAAAGCAGUGCGAGAGUUAAAGCAGAAAAUAAACCGAAAAACUACCUUAAACCAUCUCCUAAACCAGUAUCACUUCCCUUUAUUCUGCGCUCUCAAUUAGAAUCGUAGCGCGGAUUCGUGCUCUAGCCUGUUGUUGUGCCCUCAACAAUUUUAUUGCUAAAUAUCGGAGUUCGAAGAUUUUUAUUUCCGAUUCGCGAUUCGGUCCAUCGAGAUAAAAGUUACACCUGCUGAAUUUCGAAAGUAAAGGUUAAAUAGUAAACCUUGAUAAACAAAGAAGCGAAAAAUUUCUAUGCAAUAUUUUCCAUGCAAAACGCACAGUGAAUAUUCUCUCCUCCCCCCUCCUUGUAUGAUACCUCGCGAUACCGAUUACUAUAAAACAACGGCUGAUGCAUUUGUUACUCGACACAUACUUCGUACGUACGUACGAAUAUUUUCGGGAAUCAUCAUGAACUCGUCAAUCGUGAACUAUGUCGAGAUCGAUGCACUCCAUGAAAGAGAGUACAUUCGAUUUUAAAGUCACUUCACAGAAUGGAUUAGUUAGGAAAAAACAGAUUAGGAGAAAGGAAGAGAAGACGUAACAUCUUUUUAUUUUCACUCGAGAUUACUUAGGCAACUUCGUUAGAAUUAAGAUUCCAUAAAUUAAUACUUAUUUAUAAUCUUUAAAACGGCCGUAGAAAAAACAAUUUUCUACCAGAAAUUCUGUGCCAACCGCAAAAGAGAAUGUUGUAGAAGAUUUUGAUUCAAGUUGGAUACAUCAUUCUAAUCUUGUAAGAUACUCAGAUAUAUCUUUAUUAAAUAUAUUUGAAUUUUCGUAGUAUAUUAUAUUCUGAUAUUAAUUAUACAGUUCAUUUUUGUAUAUUGGUGUGUGAUAAAUAAAUAAGGAUAUUGUUUCUAA